CGUUCAAAUCGGGGGGAAAUGCGCUGCGCGCCUGUUGCCCCCCGUCGGCGAGCCGGUUCUGCCUUCGAUUCUCUUCGACUUGGAUUUCUUCAAUACCAUACAUACCGUACCUCGAAUUCAGCACUAGCUUGAUCUCCGGGCAGGACCGCAACCAACGCCCUCUCUUGACGAUCGGCGUGCUUCCCACUUGGCGGACGCACCCGCGCGUCCCGUAUUGACCAACUUGCACAGCCGCCGCCAUGGCAAGCUACCCGACCCCUUCCGCAACCCCCGGCCCCGGCCCCGCAGCUCCCUCGUCGGUAAUUAGCAGUAUAAAUUCCCGGCCGGGCCUGGGACCCCGCCGGCUGUCCAGGUUCACCGAGGAGACAAACAUGGACUUGAGGCCCACGGCCUCGGUGCUAGCAGCAGCUCAUGCGGCCGAGGCAGACGAUGCCGACCAGUGGUACGACGAGGACGGAUUCUCUGCCGGCAUCCACCCGGAUCCGAUCGAUGCCAGCAGAGUCAAGGCGCAUCAGAUGCACGUGAAAGCGACCGUGCAAGCUGCCAGCAGCACGUCCCACGCCCUUCUGUGCGUCGUCGUGACGGUCGCCAUGGCCAUGUUCCUGAGACAUCUAGGAGGCGACUGGAUCUUUUACAAGCCCUCAAGUUCUCAAGCUGUGGCGUUGCUCGUGCUGCUCGGUCUAGACAUAUCCCUCGAUAUCCUCUCCCUUUUGAGGCUGCCGCAUACAACAUGGCCGGUGUGGGCGCUGCUCCUCCGUAUGACAUUUGGGAUCGGAUACGUUACUCUCUUCCUGGUCUACAUUGGCAUCGGCCACGUUUUUCCCAAUGCCUACACUUUCUGGGCCAUCCCCCCUGACCGGUCAGGGCCUGUCAUCUACCUCUUCCUCUGGCUUCUCGGGGUGUGGAAUCUUAUCCACGCCGUCUUGUGUCGGCACCAGAUCGCCAAGUCCGCCCGAGCAUACUUUAGCACACUCGCGUCUCUCCCCAAUCGGCGAUUCCGAGACAGCAGCAGCAGCAGGCGCACCAGCGGCCAGAGCGCGACGACGGGCUGGUCCGCGUGGAGGAGAUCCCGGGGCUCGCAGAUAAUCGACGACGACCCCGAGCUCGACCUCCAGAGGACCAGACGAGCAGCCGCGCUAGGCGUCGGCUCGUCCGGGACCCUCACGCUCCGCGAACAGCAGUCGCCCGAGAGACACAAGCACGAGAGCGGCGUCACUACGGCAGCGUCCAGCAUACAUGGCAGCCACGGCCCGUCGCAGCCCGGCGGACGAGACGACGCGAUUUGAAGACAUAUGUCAUGUCGUGAUCGAUCUUAUUAGCACCUUCUUUUUUACUAUUUUAUUUUUAUUCUAGGAUUACCCAGACAUACUAUAUACCAUGCCAUACCAUACAUUGAUAGACAUAUUCCAUAAAAAUUAAUUACAUGACAUCAAUGUUAAUGCUAUUU